AUGGCAUUCACCUCCCAACAAAUAAUCGCCAUUGCCCUCAUCUUCACCCUCUCGAUUUCCCCUUCAUUCGCCCACAAAAGCGAACACAAACACAAGCACAAACACAAACACCACAAAGAAAGACGCGACCGAAAUGAAAUCGAGAGGGAGCUUAGGGACCUCAGUUCUCAAACCUCCAACCCAGACGCCAGCUGGCGCAUAAUCAAACCCGAGCUCGACAAUUUCAACGACACGGACCCUACAAUCGUGACAGCUGUACUUCUCGAGCUUGCAAUAACGAGGGGCGAUCAGAUACACGACCAACUCAAUAACUACCACGAGGACUCGAGGAACGACGAGCUUAAGAGCAAGUACUUGUCGUGCUCCAAGAAUUACAACGACGCGGUUCGAAACCUAAACUUGGCGAAAUAUAAUUUGGAAUCGGAAAAUUAUGAAGAUAUCCCUAUACAGAUUGAGGACACUCAACAGGAGUUGGAAGGGUGCAGGGGAGAUUUCUGUGAGGGCUCGUUCGACCCGGGCCACAUUGGAGAUAGGAUUAACGAGUUCGAGGUCUAUGUGGAUAUUGUUAAGGUGUCCGUGGAUCGUUUGCUCGAUUUUGACUCGAACUCGAUCGAGGAAAAUAAUCAGUAA